CUUUACCGCUAUCAGCCAUUAGAGCUCACUUAGACAGUGUUAGGUUGAGUUGCUAGGGCUAAGUACUAAGUGCUUAAUGCAGUUAAAUAUUAAAACCAGAAAAUUGGAAAGAAAUUGGAAGAAAUUGGAAAAUAGUGCAAUAACGUUGUUCAAGCCAUAAUGGCAACGGGACAAGCCUCUCAGCUGAUAAUACCAAUACCUCCCAACUGGAUCAACAUUGGCAAAGAACUAGAAAGAUGGAAUAGCCUCAAAUUUGAACUCCAGCAAGACUCCAAUGAAAAGUUGGCCAAACUUCUCAUGGAUGUGUAUAACAAUUACAAACCACUUACAACACUAUGCAAGAAAAUGGAAGGAACAUCAUCAGAUAGUGAUGAGGGAGAUGUGGAUGAUGAUGAUGAUGAUGACCUUGAGAUCUCCACCAAAGAGCCACAUGAAGCAGAUCAUGACCUUUCCAGCAGUCUUAAUACACCUGACACCAGGUGGCAGCACAAGACAUACUAUUUAAAGCCCAUUACUCUUAAUUCAGUUGGCACAAGCAAGCAGCUUGUGUCUUUUAGCAAACGCAAACAAAUUGAGUCAAAUAAAGAGGCAGAUAAACAGCGCAUUUUCUCUACCGGAGAGCGGUCACAUCUGAAUAAAAACUUAAGGAAUGCAGAUCGUUCUGACGCUAGAGGGCAGCUCAGAUCUACUCUGCAAGAUGUGGUUGCUCAAGACGCACCUGAUCACACUGACAAUAGGGAAACUGACAUUUCUUUGGAUCAUGACUAUUUGAAUAACCUUCCUAACCAAGGAGAAAUGGUUAAACCAAAUAUGGGUGAAGUCUCUGAGGUCGAUGUGAUAAAAAAUGAACCCUGCAUGACUGAUAGCGAUAGUAAUGACAGCAAAGUUAGGAGUGAAUCAGAGGGCGAAAGCGAUGUGAAAAGCGAGGAGAGUAUUGUCAAGAAUGAAGAGGCAACCAUCUACAUCUGUGAGAUUUGUUGUGCUAACUUCACAUCUGAAGAUGUUUUCUCUAAACAUCAAUUAACCCAUGUGAAAGACAUGAGUUCAUGUAGGUACUGCGACGAGACAUUCCCAAACAAAAGAAUUCGGGACGCCCAUGAAAGAACCCAUAGUGCUUACACCCCCAAUAUGUGUCAGUACUGUGGUAGAAUGUAUCGUCAAAGAGCAGAAUGUGUGAAACACGAAGUAUUAGUGCACUCGGCUGAAAAACCUUAUUACUGUAAAUGUUGCAAUAAGGGGUUUUUGUCCGAAAGUGGGGCAAGGUACCACAAGAAGAUGCUUCAGAACAAGGUGAAGAAACCACACCUCUGCCAGUUUUGUUCCAGAAGGUUCUCAGUCAAAGCAGAGCUUGAGAUGCACGAGAGGAGACACACUGGAGAAAAACCAUACACGUGUCGCAUCUGCGGUAAAACCUUCAGCAGGAAAGACUCCGUCCUGUUCCACGUGCGAUCUCACACGGGAGAGAGACCGCACCAGUGCCGAUUUUGUGAGAAAGCCUUCAAACGGCACGUUUCGCGUCUGAAACAUGAAAAGGCCAUGCACAAGAAGAAGCCCAAGCACCAGUGCCCGCACUGUCCCGAGGGUUUCAAAUCCAAAAAAGACCUCCGCAACCAUGAGGUUUUGUCACACAACUGAAAGAGAUUUCCACUCUUGCAGUUUGUGCAAGGAAGGAAGCACACCACAGUGGGUUUUUCAAUGCCGGUAUAUUUAAAGGAAUAACAACUUUUCACGUUAGAUUUAAAAGUCUACAAUAAAUACAUUGUAAACACCACACAGAAAUAGACAAAAAAGAACUGAAUGUCGGAAUAAAUUCCUAAACCAUUGGAGUGAGGCGGAAUAACGGCAAACGGCACUUAUCAGAGAAAGCACUACAAUUGUAUUUUCUUUUUGUUGUGCUUAUAAUAAUAAUAAUAAUACUUUUUUGAAGUAAGAUAAUUUCGGCCAUUAUAAAUUACAGGUAAGAGCAGUUUAAGCAGUGGAGUUCGCACAUUUAACAAGUGACAGUUAUUGUUUAAAAGUAAGUACCAGUUUGUUUGGGAAUUUUCAAAAUAAAUCGAAGAGAAAAGCGUGGGGAUGCCCCCAAAUAUGAAAACAUAUAAUACGUUAUUCCUGUGUCAUAUGAUGAGGUAGUUUUAUCAGUCUUACAGAGAAGUCCUUUAGAUCAAUCUUCUGUGCCCUGAUUGACAUUUUAUAUAUAAACCGAAACCGAGGCCAGUUUCCCCACCCCUGUCUUUUGCUCCAACGUCUUUUUCUACACCCCAGUCUUCUCGGCCACGUGCCAGAAUCCAACCAUCCCCUACCUGCUCGUGCUCCACAUCGGGCACCUGCCUCAAUAAGGAGUCGUGCAUCCCCUGUGGCCCCCGUUCCACCACCU